AUUUCGAACUGUUUAGCCAGUACAAUGUGCAACCACGUUGUUUAGUUUAGAUGACUGAUAACAAUAAAUAUGUAAUUUACGUGAACAGAAUUAUUAUUUCCAGUUAGUUUCAAAAACGAUUUUUUUUCUGAUGGCGAAAAUAGGCAUUAAUAACACCAACUGCUGCGUUAGAGGAUGCCAUUCCAAAAAAGGAAGGAGUGCUUCCAUAUCCUUUCAUAGGUUUCCAGGAGGAAAUAAAUUUACUGUUCGUAUUACAAACGAGCAUGGUGUCGUCGAGAAAGUAGACAGACAUGAGAUGUGGAUUAAAAAUUUGAACAUCGUCAAAAAACUAUCCAACCGAGCCACUGUAUGUUCUUUGCAUUUCACAAAGGAUGCUUUCAUUUUACCUGACUGUCCAACCCAGAGACGAAGACUGAAAUCUACCGCAAUUCCUACUGUAAAAUUACCAGAACCAACUCAGGGAGAGAAUAGUUCUACCAAACGAACCACCGCUGGAGGCAAACGUAAGGAUGCCCUUCGAUUAUCUGAUGACUGUUUAGUUUCGAUUUCCCUCAAUGAGCAGGAAACCAAAAAGGUUGACCACUUGUCAAUCAAAAAGGUUGACCGCUUGUCAAUCGAAAAUUGCACUAAUUCUGAAAAACAGGCGGUAGAGGCGCUAUUGAGUUUCAUUCCUACUCACACGAACUUCAGAAAACGAAAGCCAAGUUGAUACGGAUGAUGGCAGAGUUCGUCAGUUAUGUAAAAAUCAAAAACAGUCAAUCCAUCCAUAUACAUUUUAGACGUAUUGUAAUAUAUAAGUAUGCAUUCAUUUUCAGACAAAACAUGAGUUCUGGAUCCACUGAAAGGGUCCCUAAGGAAAAUGUGGCCUUGAUGAGGAUUUUGAGUUUCAAAUAAAUAAUUUUUUGUUUUAUUGAACAAAAAAGACUCUAGAUUUUAUCGUGCUAUGUGUAAAUACUCUAUUUUAUUAAGAUUUUCAAUUUUUGUAAAAAAUAAAUCUAUAUUUGCAUUA